UUGCAUGAUGGCUCCCGCUCAUGAAAUCCAGAAACCCGAAAAACUCGUGAUAUCCAAAGAUCUAGUGAAUUGCCCGAGGCUCGAAUAUAUAGCAUAGGGCAGAACAUACCCGGACUACACGCAAGGCACAUAUGGCCAACGACGAGAGCCAGAGCACUUCGUUCUCAGCCGAGAGGUACUUUGCGACCCAGCUUCCGCCUGCAUCCCUCGAGGCGGACGUUGCACAGGUAAGGGAAUGGGUGCAGAGGCAGCAAGAGGCUAACAGGCAGGUCGUUCUGGUUACUAGUGGAGGAACAACCGUCCCACUCGAGCUCAAUGUGGUCCGAUUCUUGGACAACUUCAGUGCCGGUACACGAGGUGCAACCUCCGCCGAAUACUUCCUGAAAGCCGGUUAUGCGGUCAUCUUCAUGCAUCGCCAGUUCAGCCUACAGCCUUUUAGUCGACACUAUUCACAUUCCACACAUCCCUUCCUCGACUUCCUCGACGUAGAUGACGUUGCAGACAUCCAAGUGAAGGCUGCGGAGCGUCCACAGCUCAUCGAGGUACUGAAGACGUACAAGCGGGUGCAGGGGGCUGGGACGCUGCAUAUGCUUACUUUUGUGACCGUAAACGAUUAUCUCUGGCUCCUUCGCGCCAUCAGCAAGGAGCUGUAUCCACUCGGCCGGAACGCAAUGUUCUAUCUCGCUGCGGCCGUGAGCGAUUUUUUCUUGCCUCGGCAGAAGAUGAGCGAGCAUAAAAUCCAAUCGGGCAAGGGAAGCCUGCAUAUCGAAAUGGACCAGGUGCCCAAGAUCCUGAAACCCCUCGUGACAGAAUGGACAAGAGGGGGCUACAUAGUAUCUUUCAAGCUUGAAACGGAAGAUGCGCUCCUUAUACCUAAAGCGCGGGCUGCGCUCGCAAGAUAUGGCCACCAGGUCGUUAUUGGUAAUGAGCUACAUACGCGUAAAUACCAAGUCGUGUUCGUCUCGCCGGCAACCGGCAAGCCAGCCCAGACGGAGAGCGGUGGAGACUCGGACUCGUCGAAAUUUUCAGAGUCUUGGCUUCGGAUAGAUCUUGCGGCGGAUCCAACGAAAGAGAUAGAGGAGGAUAUUGUGGCGGAGCUUGUACGGCGACAUCGAGUGUGGUCAGGCAGUGGUUUGUCCAGUCAGCCUGCUGCGUAGGCAUGUAGGGCACCCGUGUAAUUAAUAGGUAUAGAUCCAGUGGCGUUGCUAGACAGUGACCACCGCCAUGACGUCCUAUCUUGAUUAUGACUUUUCGUCGUACGAUCUUCUGUGGCUGUACGCACCCUUCCCUGGGAGCUGGCAUUGCAAAUUGUGGG